GAUCGCUAGACCACCUGCGCCGCUAGACCACCUGCGCCCAGACGGCUGGCGGGGUUCGUCCGGUUCUGGCUCAAGACUCUGGGGCUCCGCUACUGCUUCAGUCUGCCCUUUCGCUGUAUCCCCGUGACCCACCCUGUCCGAACAGUUGGGCCGCCGUUUGGCCCCGCUGCCGCGCCAACACAGGGUUUUCUCUCCGCCAUGGGCGGCGGGGCAUCAUCGGGCGAAUCGCCGGCUGAUAAGGUGAACCGUCUUGAAAGAAAUAUUUCACAGUACGAAAGAGAGACAAAUGAUAAAGUGAACGCGGCGGUGCAAAAAUUGGCCAACCAACAGCGGGAGAACGAACAGUUGAAGAAGGAUUUGAAGAGGCGGAUCGAGGAGACCGAAUUGAUGAAGAGCGAAAUGCAGCAGCAGAUGGAGGAGCUAAUGGGCCAUAUGGAGGAUCUAAUGCGCCAUAUGCAGGAGCAGAUGCGCAAGGCGCGCGAGGAUGCCGAAGAGUUGAAGAGCCAGAUGCAGCAGGAGACCGAAACGUUGAAGGGCCAGAUGCAGGAGCAGAUGCAGGAGAUCGAAACGUUGAAGAACCAGAUGCAGGAGCAGAUGCACGCCACCUUGCAGCACUCCAAGGAAGAGAGGGACGAGGUGGCGCAGAGGACAAACACAUUGGAGAAGAAGAUGGGCGACGCCGUGAAGAAGAGCGGCGAGGAUUUGAAGCAACUUACACAAUUCCUCGUUGCCAAAAAGAAAGCAGGCGACACCCUGCGCACGGUCGGCAAUGGAUUGGCAACGUUCUUGGAUACCCUCUACCUAGUAUGCUACUUUCCGUGGUGGCUUGUCUACAAGUUCCUGCGCGGUCGCUCCAACAACGCCGUCGUUCCUAGUGGAGAGUCAGAGGACGAGGAGGCGGGAGCAAUCACAGAACCUCGGGACGAUGCCGCAGGCCAUCCACGCGAUGUCGACAGCAGGGGCAGCGCAAACACCAUCCCUAUACCCGUGUGGUGGGGAGGCGUUGCCAACAGUGUUGGAGUAUCUCUCCUCGUUGCAGUGGGAUCUUCAAAUGGCCAAGUGGACGCCCUGAUGAACAACCGUGUCCUGCUCCUGGCCCUAUGGCCAAUCAUGGUCUUGACUUGUUCUGCCGCGGGCAUGGCUACGCUUGACCUGGCGAUGGGGGGCCAGAAAGUGAAGACCACCAUCUGCGCGUGCUUCCAGCUCGAGGACUUCAAUAUGGUGUCUGACCGUUGCUUCUUCCUAGCCGCUCUCGUGCCAGCGGUCGCGGCAAACUUAAUCCUGUAUUAUUUUCUCAGGGAACUUACAUAUUCAUCAGAGUGCUCGCGGGACAUCACUUCGAACAUGGCUGGUGUAUCUUACUGCUUCACCGACAUUGCCAAUGAAUUGGAAAUUGGAUUGGAAGUUUGCUGCCGCGUCUCCCAAGAAGCACGGUUCACCUUCUCCACGUUCCUGGCAUUCUUGUCGGGAAACGUGUCUGCCGGCGUGUUCGUGGCGAGGGCCGCCAUGGGCGUAGAAGUCAAAAGCCAAGCUAAAGUCACAGUUCCGGGUCAGUCGGACGCGAACGGAGAAGACAAAGAGCAGGCCACAGAGGCCUCGGCGGAGCCCGCGGAUCUGGGGCCCCGAUCCGCGGGCCAAGCCGAUGCCCGCGGAUCUGAGGCUCAACUUCUGAGCUGAUGUAGUCGCGCCUUCGUACCAGCGGCUCCUGGCACAGCCCCUCUGUGCGUAGGCUGGGGAUCUCUCAUAUCUAAUGCCUCCGCCUCGUGAUCUCUCCUGGAGAAUCCCCCGUCACCUUCAGUUUUCCAGCAGCCUCCGUCCUUCCCCCGCUCUUCUUGCUCCUUCCGCCGCCGGGCCGCCGGCGCGGCCCUCGUCGUCGUCGUCGUCGUCGUCGUCGUCGUCGUCGUCGUCGUCGUCGUCGCCCUCGGCCCUUACGAGGGGCGGUGGUCCAGCGCGGCCCCAGCCGAACUUUUCAAUCGCAGGGAUCGUACUUACCCGCGCGGCUCCUGUCGCGCGCGUGCGACGUGCGGGCGUGGAGGGACAGCGACCGUCGCGCUCAGGCAUCGCUGGUCCUGUAUCACUCAGGGCUUUCUGCUAAAGAUUUUUCGCAGUGGAACUUUUUUCCAUGGUUCGCAACUGCUUUGAAAAGUUAAUCGUGACAGAAAUUGGGGCUUCAAUGGGGCCGACCGCAAGCCCCAAAUCGGCCCCAAACGGGAAACGAAACGCUGCUGCAUCGACACUUCUGGGUAUGUAUCUUUUUGUGCUGCACUCUUGACCCUACGAGUUGCGGGACCAUUCCAGCAGUAGCCUUCGUGCUUUGCAGUGCACGCCCGCGAGACAGCCAUUCGCAGGCCCGAUGCGGCAGGCAUGGCGUCGGGCCGCGAGCGCUCCGAGUUUCACCUCCUGCGAAUGCGGCAGGGUGUACGUGGCCGCUGCACUGUCCAAGAGUCGACACAACAAAGCGUUGCUGUUGAGGCUGCGAGUUUCUCGCGCUGGUUUACGAGUGCCAGGGCGCACGAACAAAAAAAAAAAAAGAGAGGCCCAAGAAGCAAAAGUCGUGCCAUUCCUAUGGGACAACGUAUAUUUUUCGC